GAGAGUCUGGGAUAGCACAUCAUUUCUUAAACUGAGUUCUUAAAUUCGGCGUUUUCAGAUAGCAAUAGACUAGUUUGUUUCACUGUUACAUGCGAUGGGGACUCGCAAUUUUAUCCUCUUCUUCAUGGGCACUGCCUGCUUGCUGAAAGUUUCCCUGCAGGGUGAGCAUCAGCGCAGGCUCUAUAGAGACUUGAUGAGAAACUACAACCCUCUGGAGCGACCGGUGUUCAAUGACUCCCAGUCACUCACUGUGCACUUCAGCUUUAGUCUGAUGCAGAUCAUGGAUGUGGAUGAGAAGAACCAGGUUUUGACAACCAAUAUAUGGUUACAGUUGUACUGGAAUGAUUACUACCUGCAGUGGAAUACAUCUGAGUACCCUGGAGUGGCCAACGUGAGGUUUCCUGACAGCCAGAUAUGGAAGCCAGACAUUCUGCUAUAUAACAGUGCUGAUGAGAGGUUUGAUGCCACUUUUCACACCAACGUCCUUGUUAACUCGUCUGGGUCCUGCCAGUACCUGCCCCCAGGAAUCUUCAAGAGCACCUGCUACAUCGACGUCCGCUGGUUUCCCUUUGAUGUCCAGAGGUGUGACCUGAAGUUUGGCUCUUGGACCUAUGGGGGCUGGUCACUCGACCUGCAGAUGGAGGAGGCCGACAUAACGGGAUACAUCGCCAACGGGGAGUGGGAUCUUGUGGAGGUCCCAGGGCGCAGGAAUGAGAAGUUUUAUGAAUGCUGCAUGGAGCCGUACCCGGAUGUGACGUUCACCGUGGUGAUGCGCAGACGGACACUGUACUACGGCCUGAACCUGCUCAUCCCGUGUGUGCUGAUCUCUACGCUGGCGCUGCUGGUCUUCCUGCUCCCUGCAGACUCUGGAGAGAAGAUCUCACUGGGAAUAACAGUGCUGCUGUCCCUGACUGUCUUCAUGCUCCUGGUGGCAGAGAUCAUGCCAGCCACAUCUGACUCCGUGCCACUGAUUGCCCAGUAUUUUGCCACCACCAUGGUGAUCGUGGGCCUGUCUGUAAUCGCCACUGUCCUGGUUCUGCAGUACCACCACCAUGAUCCGGACGGAGGCAAGAUGCCCAGAUGGACGCGGGUGGUUCUGCUGAACUGGUGCGCCUGGUUCCUGCGGAUGAAACGCCCCGGGGAGAAGAGGGUGCGUCUGGCCUGCCACAACAAGCAGCCACGGGGCAGCGUCUCCAGCGUGGACCUCAACCUGAGCACCGGUGCUCCCCAGCCCCCCAAUGACAGCGCGCUCUACGUGGGCUUCCCUGCACACUACACCACCACGCCAGACUCGGGCGUAACCUGCGGGCGGCUGCUGGGCUCAGGUGAGGAGGAGGUGCUGCUGCCCGGGGCUCUGCCUUCCUCGACGGGUGGGGACCCUGACCUGGCCCGCAUCCUGGAGGAGGUGCGCUACAUCGCCCAGCGCUUCCGCGAUCAGGACCGGGACGAGACAGCCUGCAACGAGUGGAAGUUUGCUGCCUCUGUCAUCGACCGGAUUUGCCUCAUGGCCUUCUCCAUCUUCACCAUCCUCUGCACAAUUGGCAUCCUCAUGUCUGCCCCCAACUUUGUGGAGGCUAUCUCCAAGGACUUCUUUACCUGAGCCCCUCCCUGCCCUGCCCCACCCCGUCUAACCCUGCCCUGCCU